CACCAUGUCAUUCUCUGACUUCUUUUGACGAGUGUUUAUUGCCAUAAAUAAAGAGCAUCACUCAUUUUUAAGCCAAAGAAGGAAGUUUCACGUGCCGUAUACUACAGUCCAAGGAGCCCAUGUUAUUGCUGUCAUGAUAAGACAAAGAGAGACACCAUAUGCCUCUGGUUCCGUGAUCCGUACAGCACUGAGAAAAUUCCUUGCACGCCUUUUGUAGUGUGGAGAAGAGGUCAUGCGUGACGCCGGCUGGGACGGUAUUUUGACCCACAUGACUGAAGGAAACCCUGUAGGUAAUUACACAUAUGUAACAAAGAUAUGUGUGAAGAUGGUAGUAGCUCAGCUGCGGAAAAACUGAGGAUAUUUCUUUAUUCAGAAAGACAUGGCAUUUGAACGCACGAUGCCUAUCGACCACGGACAAACCCUUCGACGUGUUUGCUGGGGAAUCUUUAUCACUUUACUACUUGCAGAUUCUGCAGAUUGCGUCCUCAGUGUCACAGUCCCGAGCCCCCCGACGGUCAUUGCCAAGGCUGGUAGCAAUGUGAUUCUGAACGUGUCCUUCGCUGGAGCCCAGAAUCCCAUAAUAGAAUGGUCUGUGGGCCAGUUGCCCAUCGUGACCUGGACGAGCCCCAAUCCCCCAGACAUCGCCCCUAAUUACUUGGGUGUCGUGUCGCUGAUGCCCAAUGGAUCGCUCGUCUUCAGCAACGUGCAGAAGAAUUACAGUGCCACUUACACCGUGAGCGUCAUGAAGAUUGGUCUUUUACCAGCGACCGGCAAAAUCACUCUCCAAGUCUUUGCCCAACCCGUGUGCUUGAUUCAGAGCGCAAAUACAAAUCUGAAUUACACCUGUCAGACGCCAGGAGACGCCAUUUCAAUGCUGUCCUUCCCAGAUCUGAACCAGACCCUCACUAUGAGUGGGAGCUUAAGCCUUGUAGUCCCAGCAAGUAAAAAUCUCAAUGGAAGGUCAAUAUUUUGUGUUGCCAAGCAGAUCAACAUCACGCAAAGCUGCAGCGUGACAGCUGAAGCCCCUCAAGGCGUUGCGCCUACGGUCUCCAGCACGGUGAGCAAUGGGAACCUGCUGGUCACCAUCACCUGUGCCAUCGGGUCUGUGCCAGCAGCCAGCAUCACCUGGUCCAAAGGCUCUCAGGUCCUGUCAGACGGAGGGCAGUAUCAGAUCAGCAGUGACACCACGCAGCUGAACAUCACCAGCUUCAACCUGACCACGUCUGACCUCAGCACUUAUACCUGCAAUGGCAGCAACCCUCUUGGAAGCCAAAAGAACAGCAUUCCACUGAUAGGUCCCACAAUCUCAGAUUCCAGCCUUAUCUCCAAUGCAGCAGGUACCAUGGUAACGCUGACCUGGAACGUCCCCCUCACCUCUGUCUUCACAGGCUUUAAUAUCCAGAUGGAGGGACCUGCUCUCCAGCCCAGCAAUGGAACAAACCAGACUACAGGAGGUUUACAAACUAUAGCGGUGAUGCCAAGCAGCGCCCGGAGCAAACAGAUCUCUGGGCUUGACCCCAAGUCCAACUACUGGUUCUGGAUCGUCCCUUUGGCAGGCAGUGCCAUCGGGCCGCCUUCACAAAACUACAGUGUCGGACCAGGCCAGGGACUGAGCAGGGCGGCCAUCCUGGGCCUCGCUAUCGGAAUCCCCUGCGGUUUCCUCCUCCUCCUCAUCAUCAUCGCUCUCAUCAUCCUCUGUGUUGUCUGCUGCAGACGGAGACGCCGACGGCCUAAGUAUCCUGUCCCCAGGGCUUCUCAGAAGGGAAUCCCCGAGCGACAUUUACCCCUCCCUUCCACAGGGACGCUUUCCCCUGCGCGGAUGGGCACGGCUGUUUAAAAAAGAAAAACUGUACUUUCCUGAUAUGUUUUCAUAUAUAUAUAUCUAAUAUUAUGACGUUUUGUUCUUUCCAUUGUAAUUAUUUCUAUUCCUGCAUUUUAAAAAUAAAUCCCUCGACAUUAA